AUGGCCGACGACGCCGGCCAGUCCGAGGAAUACGUGACCUUCAACGUCAAGUCCUCCAACGACGCCAAGUACACCUUGACCCUUCCGCGCACCACCACCGUCGGCGACCUAAAGGCGAAGCUCGCGACCUCCGAAUACGCCGACACGCCCGCCGACCGCCAGCGGCUGAUCUACUCCGGCCGCGUCCUCAAGGAUCACGACACCCUCGAUGCCACUAAGAUCAAGGAUGGCAACACGAUACAUCUGGUGAAGAGCGCAGCUAGUAAUGCGCGCCAGAACCCCACCAACCAAGGCACCAGUGCCGCAGCCACCGGAACCGGCACCCCCAGGAGCAAUGUCCCAACCAGCUUUGCCACCGGCACCGGUAACGAUCCUCUGGCCGGCCUCACCGGCGCGCGUUAUGCUGGUAUGAUGGGCCUUCCUGGCGCCGGCGCCUUUGGUCCAGACGGUGGUAUGGGCGCGCCGCCCGACCCCGACCAGCUCCUGCGCCAGCUCGAUGACCCCAACACCCUGCAGCUCAUGACGGAAGCCAUGAACAACCCCAUCGUCAUCCAACAGAUUCGCAACAGCCCCAUGUUCCGCAACAACCCCAUGAUGCAGCAGAUGUUCGACAACCCUGCCUUCCGCCGCAUGCUCACAGAUCCCGAGGUUAUACGGCAGCAGAUGCAAAUGGCGCGCUCUUUUGGUGGUCUCGGCGGCCCAGGCGGAAACAGCUCAUUCCCGGCUCCUGGUGUCACCAACACCACUCCCCAAGGCCAGAACGCAGACAACAACACUGCCAGCACGACGACUGGCGGAGGAGCUACGGAGACACCGGCCCAGCCUAACACAACCGGCCCAACAAGUCCUCCGCCCAACCCUUUCGCCAUGUUUGGGAACCCGGCCGGCGCAGGUGCAGGCGGCGCAGCGGGUAACCCUUUCGCUGCUCUGUUCGGCCCUCCUCCCACCGGCACGCAAGCCCCCGGACAGAACCAGGAGGGUCAGGGCGCGCCUCCGGUGAAUCCCUUCGGCAACCUCUUCGGCGGCGCCGGCGCCGGCGCCGGCGGCCAAGCGGACCCCCUCCAGGCCGCUGCUCAGAACCUAAUGCAGAAUCCCGAGGCAAUGCGCGCGGCGAUGCAGAUGAUGGGUCUUGCUCCGCCUGGCGGUGAGGGCAAUACCGGCGCAGCUGGUGGCGAUGCGAACGCCGCCAACCCCUUCGCCGGCUUGUUUGGCGGCCUCCCCCAGGCACCCCCGGACAACAGGCCACCAGAGGAGCGUUAUGCGGAGCAGUUGAGGCAGCUGAAUGAUAUGGGGUUCUAUGAAUUCGAGAGGAACAUUCAGGCGUUGAGGAGGAGCGGUGGUAGCGUGCAAGGCGCAGUGGAAUACCUGCUCAACGGUUCAUAA